AUGACUGCCACCAACUUACUAGGUUAUUGCGAGCCGAAUGGACACCAAAACAUGUUGCGAGCAGACGAAAGCUUCAAGGCAGGCGAUAAGAAAGCUCUCGACCGGUCAACCUCUCACGAAGACCUUCAAGUGUAUACUGUUGACGUGCCAUCUGCUUGA